UUUUAACCGGAACUAGAGUAGGUCCCGAGCUUUAGUUUUAACGUUCUCUGAUAACUCUUACCUAAAUAUGAUUUCGGCUUUUUGAAACUUUUUAAAAACAUUUCUUAGAUCAAUUAAUAUUUUUUUUCAUUUGCUUCGAUUUUUAAAACAAUCGAUAUUUGUUGCAGAAUUGCCACCUAAGCUUGUUAUCAUUGUACAAAACAAUUUUGGCAACAUUUAAAGACUAAUAACGAAACUGGAUGAAUAAUUUCCGAUUUUGUUGUUUACAAACAGAAAGAAUGUGAGUGUCACGUAAAGGAUAUGUAAUUAAAUUUUAAUAUGAACCCCGUUACUGACGGUUUGCAACCAUCUUUAAAAUUAUGGGGUGAAGAAGACAUUGAUGGAGCUGUUUAUGCAGUGUAUUUAAAGAAAGUCCGUUACCAUCAUGCAAAAUCGGAUUCAUCUGAACAAGUUUCACAUCUUGAAUGGGAAACCAUUCGAAUAAGAAUGAUAAAAGCAGGCACUAUAGAAAAAUUAGUUGAAAGUCUUACAACAGAUUUAGGAGAUCUUGAAUCUACAUACAUGAAUAUUUUUUUAUCAACUUAUAGAUCUUUUGCAGUUCCAAGUCAAGUAUUAACUAUCCUUAUAAAUAGGUAUGAGCAAAUGCAUUGUGAAAGCUCAAAAGUUUCUUUGGAACUUCGAGAAAAUCAUAAAAGAACUAUUGAAAAAGUAUUGUUGGUUUGGCUGGACAUGUAUUCUGAAGACUUCUUCGAACCUCCUCAAUUUUUGACUUUACUCAAAUUAAAGGAAUUUACUAGAAGAUUUGUACCUGGAAGUGUUCUAGAUCUCAGAGCAAAACAUAAACUUUUGAAGUAUAAAAACUCUGGAAAUGCUGAAAACAUCAAUAACAAUCCAGUUGUUUAUACUAAUGGUGUACAUUCAGGUAUUUCACCAUUGCAACAUUGGAGUAUUUUGGACAUAUCUGACAGAGAAUUUGCUUUGCAAUUGACUUAUACUGACAGUGAACUUUUCAAGAAACUUGUACCAUACCAGUGUCUUGGAUCAGUUUGGUCUCAUAGGGAUAAAUUAUCUGGGUGGAAGGUUUCUCCUUUAACUGUGACUGCUACUGUUAAUCAGUUUAAUGCUGUUUCUUUGCGAGUUAUUAGCACAGUUUUGUCAGAUUCGUCAUUAAAAGCAGCAAUGCGGGCCAGAAUCAUCGUGAAAUGGAUAAAUAUUGCUCAG